GAGACAAAUCGGACCAGCUCACAGUGCGUACGGAGGUGUUUUCCCAUUACGAUAAAGUAAGCCUCUUUCAACUUCGGCUUGAGGUAAACAACACAGAUACGGGUGUAACUGGACUUCAGGUUAUGAAUUUAACUCGCAACCACCCACCUUCAGGCGGCAACUGCACAUUUUCACCAACUACUGGAACGGCUAUGUACACCAAUUUCACAAUCGAUUGCACGGAUUUCAUUGACGAAGACGAUGACGAAAUUAAAUCUUACGUAGUUAGAUGUAAAACCUCUGAUGGGGAAAGAAUCGUAUUAGAGGACUCGUAUCCACACUGGGUGGAUCGGUAUCUUCCCGUAGGAGAUGUUGACGAUGGUAGCGUGCUACGAUGUAACGUCACGGUCACAGAUGAUUUAGGGUCGUCUGGAACAUACAUGUUACCGGAAGUAACGGUUGAACGCAUGUCGUUUGUGGAAUUUAAAAAUAUGAUAAAAGACCUACAGAACGCUGAAAAUGAUAUAGGAGAGGUGAUUGCUGCUGUCGGUAAUCUUGACCAGACUACAGCGUUUGUGUCUGCUCUCGUAUCAAUGCUGCAAGAAACGAGUGAGGAUGAUGAGAAUGGAGACGUUAAUGGCUGUGGAAGCAUUUUGUCGUAUACAAGUUCCGGACUGUUUAGUAACACACCUCGGCCCAGCGCCUUUGCUCAGACUGUGUUCAACGAAACAGUAAUGGCGGAGUAUGAAAAUACACGAAAUGCGGCAGCUAAUCUAAUCGAGAAAAUGACGGAAGCGCUAAGCACUUCAACUGCCGAGUCACCAGCUGAGACAAACCAGCUAACCAGCACCAUCUCUACCAUGAGUAAAUCGAUUAGCUCAAUGACACGUAAUUCACAGGCCGUUUUGACAGAUCUCCUUGAUAAAAGUUUGACUAAUGUAUUAAAACACGAAGCAUCUAUGUCAAUUGAAGAGAUGAAAUCUAUCACUCAGAAUACAAUGGACUCGUGCGCAAAUAUUGGAGAGAGCGCAGCUCUUACAGCUGAUCAUCCAACUAUUACUGAUGAAGACACCCAAGAAGAAACCGUGAAAACAUUUGACACUAGUAUGGACUCCUCACUUCCAGAUGUUCAGGCGCAUACAAGUGAUGCUGCGGCUCUAAAAGAUGGAAAAAGGAUACUAAAUAAAGAAGUCCAGACUAAAUUCUCGGAGGGAAACUUCCAAAAGUGCACACAUAUUCAGGAAACAUUACUUGAAAGACUGAGCGCGAAGCUGCCCAAUUCUCCAGAACCGAUGGUUAUGGAAACAUCUAGCUCGGCAACUGCUCUCUAUAAGAAUGAUGGCAAGUCCUUGAUGAACAAAACAGUAGACAUGGCAGGAUGCAGUGUUAUAAUUCCACCAGGCAUAAUGCCAGCCACAGAAUUAGACAAGACUUUCACUUUUUCGUUAGUAGUCAAUGCGGCCCCGUCUGUUGUACGCGAGGAAAGUUCUCCUGCCAAGAAAACAUCACGAACGGUUAAAAUGGGUUAUAAAGAUUCUGAUGGCAAUCCAAUCAAAAUAAAAAACUUGAAUCCACCCUUGGUUUUGAAAAUUCCUCAAGAUCCAAAUGCCCCAAAAACAAACCUGUCUGAACUUAGACUGGAGAAUCCGGAAAUUGUUCCUACACGACACGACGAAAUCUUUUUCUAUCACCGAACAAGCGUCGUCAAUGCAAGGGCUGCACUGAAACUGACAUUUAGACCAACUAACAUCUCAGAAUUUGUGCAAUUAUUGGUCGUUACGAACUUUGAUGAGAAGCCGGAAUUAAACCCAAAACGUUCGAAAGUAAAACAUGUCUGUACAAUACCAUCCGAUACAUCUUUAAUGGGUCAGUACGGAAGUGAUAGUGAACCCGAUCCGUAUUCGUGCUUCAUACCUUCAAGUGUAAUAUCUGAUAACAUUGGCUGGUAUUAUAUCGGGGUUCGUCAAUUAGCCGUCGGCGAACUAAAUACGAUUAAAAGUAUAUAUGACCUUCCCAAGAACACACCAGAUACAUGGAAGACGGACAAAGCAUUCACUACUGAUUAUAGAUUUCAUCCUUCUGAAUUGACUUGUGUCUACAAUGAGGACGGAGAAGCACAACUCAAAAAUGACGGUGUUGAGCCUAGUGAGUUAUCAACUCCGGAUAAAAUUAUAUGUUUAACUAAACAUCUCACGACAUUUGCCGGAGGCUGGGCUGUGGCGCCUAAUACAAUAGACUGGAAUUUCAUCUUCUCAAAUGCCGAUUUUUUCAAGAAUCCAACUCUGUACAUUACGGAAAUUGUCAUUGCUCUAGCUUAUAUCGUCGCCAUGAUUUGGGCAAGGAGGAAAGAUAGACAAGAUUUGGAAAAGCUCGGUUUGGCGCCAUUACUUGAUAACGAUCCAAGAGAUAAAUACUACUAUGAAAUCAUGGUAUCAACUGGUAUGAGACGAGGAGCUGGAACUGAAUCUAAGGUCCACUUUAUCCUCUCUGGAGAAGAAGAAGAAACAGAUGUAAGAACAUUUGAAGAUAAGAAACGAAAAAUAUUUACACGAGGAAGCACUGAUGGAUUCCUUAUGUCUGUUCCGGAGUCAAUAGGCGCAUUAAACUAUCUUCGAAUCUGGCAUGACAACUCAGGCAAAGGACGCAUGGCAUCUUGGUACCUAAACCACGUGGUUGUACGUGACGUACAGACAGAUAAGAAGUACUAUUUCAUAGCCAAUAGAUGGUUUGCAGUUGAAGAAGAUGAUGGUCAGGUUGAUCGUGUAAUCCCUGUUGCCGGAAAAGAACAAAUGACUGAAUUUUCUCAUUUGUUUGCUGAGCGAGCCACAAAGAAUCUAAGUGAUGGCCAUCUGUGGUUCUCAGUAGUUGCACGACCACCACAAAGCCGAUUUACCCGCUGCCAGCGUGUGUCGUGCUGCCUCUGUCUCCUGUAUACAUCUAUGCUGGCUAAUGCUAUGUUCUACGGCACAGAAACAUCCGAUUCAAAUGCAUUCCAAUUUGGACCGUUUGCUCUUACAUCAGAACAGAUCUUUAUUGGAGUUGUGUGCAAUAUAAUCAUAUUCCCUGUUAAUUUUCUACUCAUUACUCUGUUCCGUAAAUCGCGGCCUCGCAAGCUUCGACCAUCACGUGUAGAAGAAGCGAUUAGGUCGAAACCAGAACGUUCAACAUCUAUGGCUGAUGUAAAUCCUCGUGUUAAAAGCUCUCUGGAUUAUGAAAGACCAGGCUCUUCCUUCCUUAUGGAUACAAAGCGCUCACAAUCGUCAAUGUCCCGUCCAGAGUCUUCAAUGUCCGCACCUAACACUCAAAACGUAAAGAAUAAGAAGAAGAAGAAGUGUGAGCUACCGUGGUGGUUUGUAAUAGUGUCUUGGGUUCUAUUGUGGAUUGCCGUCCUCGUAUCUGCCGCUUUUGUUACAUUCUACGGAAUCAUGUUUCAGGACAUCAAAUGCAAAAAGUGGAUAACUUCCAUGCUGAUAUCUUUCUUUACCUCGGUUUUCUUCACACAACCAAUCAAGGUGUUCCUUUUUGCCAUCAUAUUCUCAUUGAUAAUAAAGAAUCCAGGUGGUGACGAAGAGGAAGAUGAUGACGAGGAGGCUCCUAAAAAGCUCGACACAGACGAAGAGUUCUUGCAUGAGGAAGAAGACGAGUUUGGAUUCGUAUCGCCCCGUAAACCGAUGCAUAAACCGAAACCACCAGAUACAAAAGCAUUAGAAGCAGCAAGAAAACAGAGAUUGAAGGAAAUUCAGAUGUGGUCGGUUAUCAGAGAGAUCUUAUUCUAUGCCUUCUUCUUGUGGAUAUUACUCGUAAUAAGCUAUAGAAAUGUUAGCACAAACUCUUACAAUUACAAACACAACAUGCAGAAAGUUUUCAUUCUCACAAAUGAUACCAACAAAGCUUUCUCUAAGGUGAGAAACACGGAUGAUUUCUGGACAUGGGCAAAGAGCGGAAUGCUUCGGGGUCUAAGGGCAGGACCAUACUAUAACGACUUUCCGCCUUUUUACAUGCGAGGAUAUAUAAACGACAAGCAGUCUCGUCUAAUGGGUUAUGCUAUACUAAGACAGUCAAGAAUAACUCCAGGAUCAUGCAAACUCCCAAAGUAUGUUGAAAAUAUAGUUGACGAAUGUAAUGGUGCAUACGAUAUGGCUGACGAGGAGGACAGAGAUUUUGGCGUCGGCUGGAAUUCGUCUAUACCUGUCAAUAGCACAAGAUACGAGUAUAAAUAUAACACUGGGUCUUCGUUAGACAGCUAUCCAUACUGGGGUGAAAUGUCAUUGUACGGUGGUGGAGGAUAUGUUGUUAAGCUUAAUCAGGCAUACGAGGAUAUGAUCGCCCAUUUUGAUCAGCUUCAGAAUGAAAGAUGGAUAGAUAAAUACACAAGGGCGGUUUUCCUGGAGUUCACGGUCUACAAUCCAUCGAUUAAUCUUUUCUCCGUAUCGACACUUUUAGCAGAGUUUUUACCAAACGGUGGAGUGUUUACGUCAUUCAGAUUCGAGCCCUGCAACUUGUUACCCUACAUGAAUUCUGCAUUACUUUUCCAGAUCAUCUGUGAAAUAGUCUACUUUUUAUUCACUGUAUUCUUCGUUUGUAAGGAGAUCAAGUACAUCAUCAAACAAAAGAAAGAAUAUUUCUUCCAAUUUUGGAAUCUUGUCGACCUUGGCAUUUGCGCUAUGUCUGUUACAGCGAUCGUUAUCUACUUCUACCGCCUCUUCUGCAUCAACAGACUCACCGAAUAUUUCAAUGAAACGCAUGGAAACGAGUAUAUGAAAUUCCAGUAUGUUGGAUAUUGGAGCGAAAUCUUCAACUACAUUAUUGGAUUCCUAGUGUUCUGUGCCACACUUAAAUUCCUGAAACUUCUUCGGUUCAAUAAGAAAAUCUCCAUGUUGUCAGACACCCUUCGAAACUCUAGCAAAGAUCUUAUUCACUUCAGCAUCAUCUUCAAUGUGGUUUUCCUUGCUUUUAUCCAGGUCUUUUAUCUGGUUUUCAUGGCACAUCUAGACACCUUCAAAACGUUCCACAGGUCGAUGGAAGCUGGUAUAGUUAUGAUGAUGGGUAAGUUUGACAUUUACAACAUGCUUGGCGUUAACCAAUGGCUGACUCAGAUUUUCAUAUUCCUGUUCGUUGUAACGGUAACAUUUAUUGUGGUCAAUAUGCUACUGUCCAUCCUCAAUGACACGUUUUCAGCCGUCAGGAACGACAAAGCCAAACAAGAAAAUGACUACGAAAUUGUUGAGUUCAUGUUGGGCAGGUUUAAAGCCUGGACUGGAAUUGGUCGUGAUAAUACAACAAUAUCACCAGCUGAGAUGGAAGACAGGAACAAGAAUUACAGAACCCUCGAAGGACAGAUUGAUUACUUCCCAGAUCAAAUUGACAGGUUCUUGGCAUCCGUUUCAAACAUGUAUAUGGGUGAUGAAAGGUUUGAAGCCUUUCUACAGAAAGGAAUGGCAAAGAAGAUGGCUAUGAAAGCACAGGCCCAACAAGACGAGAUGUCACAUCCUCCUCCGCGUGUUCCUGGUGCCCAACGCAUCAGUAAUGGGGCCCGUGGGAUGACCGACGUGCAGACUGAUUAAUAAUAAGCAACUUUGAUUCCGAUAUUUGACCCUUUGUAUUAUUGUUUCUCUUUUUCCUUAGCGUCCCUUUCUGACAUUACUAUUGAAUCUUUAUACAUGUUAUAGUUGACAAGUGCCAUCUUUACAUAUAUUACAGUGUUUCUAAAGAAGUUUAGAAUUUUUAAAAAGCAUUUAACAGAAAUUAAAAAUCAUGUUUGAGAGUGAUAUGAUCUAAAAUUGAAGAAUAUUAAAAUUUAUGCAAUGAAUUUCAAUAAUCUUAAAUUUCUUCUUUUUUUACUUUCUAAAACCUUUUGAUUAAAUGUUUAACUUGAUCUGGAAUAGAAAUUCAAUAUAAAUCAUUAUAAACAAUUUAACAAGUCAAAGAUCAAUGAUUGCUUUGCUAAAUAUUGGUAUUUUUCUGUUAGGUUACUAGACUGAUAAAUACAUAUAAACAAUAUAUAUAUACAAACAUUUCAUGAAUAUAUAUGUAAUUUUUAAACUUUUUACACAUAAGAUCUAUACAUGAAAUUAACACAUCGCUCCUAAAACAAGAGACAACAGACAUUCUUACAACAUCUAAGAAAGUGCAUAUUCAAUUAGCAAUCGAAAGAUUAUCGCUCAAGUUGGCAAACCAGAAUCGAUUAUUCUUAAAAGGAGGAUACGAAAUCGACUUUGACAGUAUACCAAUAAUUAAUAGGACAUAAGCUCAGUGUUAUUUAAAGAGACAGUUAUUAUAUCAACAUUUAUAGAUGUGGUGAAGACUUAAACACUCUUCCGUCCUCAGUAAAUUCCGUCCAAUUUGUAUAAUAAACUGCUGUAAAAAGGAUAUUUUCUAUAUCUAUAUUUUUAUCUAUUAUCAUGUAAGAUAUCUAUGUUAGAAUAUAUUUACUUUUUGAUCUUUCAUAUCCUAUUUGUCUAAAAACUUUUUUUUUCAGAUUUUGAAUUAAAGAUUCUUUUCUUUCCCGCAAAUUGUUUUUGUUUUGUUUUGUUGUGCGUGUGGUUUUUUUCGGCCGUUUCACCAUGACUUCCGCUAAAAAUAACAGUAAAGAAAAAAUUUCAUUUCUAAUAGCCUGUUCGAUUGAUACUUUAGAAGAGCU